UGUGGGACACGCUGGGUGUGAGUGAGCAUGCGCGAUGUGAUAGCGGAAGUAAAAUAACUGGAUAACAACACAAAGAUUGGUGAAUCGAGUUGGAAGUUGAUAUAAAAUUUAGUCUCGGUUUAUUCAAAACAUGGCUCUGAACGACAUCACUCUGCGGAAAAUGCUGUCUAAGAAUUAUAAAUACAGAGACCUGACCAUAAGGGAAAUCACUAAUGUGAUAAAUCAGUACAAAGACCUGAAGCCUCUGUUUGAUAAUUAUGUGUUCAACGAUGGCAGCAACAGAGAGCUACUGAGUCUUACAGGAACUGUACCAGUGAGCUUUAAAGGAAAUGUGUACAACAUUCCUAUUUGCCUGUGGCUGCUAGACACCUAUCCAUUCAAUCCUCCUAUCUGCUUUGUCAAGCCCACCAGUGCCAUGAUGAUCAAAACAGGGAAGCACGUCGAUGCCAAUGGAAAAAUCUACCUCCCUUAUUUGCAUGAAUGGAAGCAUCCUGAGUCAGAUUUGUUUGGGCUGAUCCAGGUGAUGAUUGUGGUUUUUGGAGAAGAGCCACCAGUGUUUGCUCGGCCCACUACACAGACAGCUUAUCCAGGAUUUCAACCUUCUGGUCCACCUACUGCCUCCUACUUGCCAAAUACACCAAGCACUCCAUUUGGCCAGGGUUACUCUCCUAACCCAGGAGGUUUUCAGGGUUAUCCCUACCCUGCUGCUACUUCUGGAUACCCAGCCACAUCAGGAACGCCACACUAUACUCCCACCACUGCUGGAGGUCCCAGUCGUGAUGCCACCAUCGGCGAGGACACGAUCCGUGCGUCUCUGGUGUCUGCGGUGAGUGAUAAGCUGCGCUGGAGGAUGAAGGAGGAGAUGGACCGCGCUCAGGCUGAACUGGACGCUCUCAAGAGGACCGAGGAGGACCUGAAAAAGGGACACCAGAAGCUGGAGGAAAUGGUGUCCAAAGUGGACCAAGAGAUAACUGAUGUGGACAGAAACAUAGAGCUGCUGAAGAAGAAGGAUGAGGAGCUCACAGCCGCUCUGGAAAAAAUGGAACAGCAAUCAGAGAAUAACGAUAUCGACGAACUCAUCGUGCCCACGGCGCCGCUGUACCGCCAAAUUCUCAACCUCUAUGCUGAAGAGAACGCCAUCGAAGACACUAUCUUCUACUUGGGCGAAGCGCUACGCAGAGACGUCAUCGACUUAGACGUCUUCCUCAAGCAUGUGCGACUUCUCUCACGGAAGCAGUUCCAGUUGCGUGCGUUGAUGCAGAAAGCCAGAAAAACCGCAGGCCUCAGCGACCUCUACUGACCAACUCGAAGCUCAACACUUCUCUCCUUUUCCAGUCGUCUUUAUUUUAUCCAACUCUGCAAUCAGUGCAUUAUCUACACCUGAUCCACAAACAGACAAGUGCCAGGUUUUUACUUUAUAAACACAAUCAAAUAUCAGUAUAGAAUACUGUAACAUGAUGCUGUUUUACACUAUUAGUCAUAUCUAUUUAUACACACACACACAAUUUUAUUUGACCUACCACUACAAUCUUAAGGGCAUGAGAAUCAAGAAAUGAUGAACAGUGAUUAUAUAUAUAUAUA